AUGUCCAGCGACCAGCUUCAGCCCGACAUAUAUUCGCUUCCAGUUAGCCCACCCAACUUCGACAGGGUGGGCACAUUCUACGUUGCAUUCUGCGCAACAUGGACGUUCCUCCUUUUCCUCGGCAUGGCAUUCCUAGUAGCGAACCGUCAUAACCCGAUCCUCAAGGUCCGCGGCAUAGGCCUGACCCUUACCGCGAUCGGCUUUCUGCACGUAUACUGGAUCCUCGCCCAGAUCACGUAUCCCAUCGGGUUGACCAUGCCCAUCAUAGCCGCCUAUAGCGUGCAGUACUUCUUCAUGGGUAUCUGGUUCCCCUUGGGCGUCGCCACGUUUCACGCCUCCAACACCCGCUUCCUGUACGUUGCGAAGAUGCAGAAGCGCUACAUGGGGUCUUCCGGCUGCCAGAAGAAGCCGGGAUGCAACGGAGCGGACACCUCGUGGUUCUGCCGGCUGGGAAACAUGGAUUACCCGACGAGGAUACUGAUUUACAUCGGUUUGGCUUCGAUAGUUCAGGUCCUCCUUACAGUCGGCAUGUAUCUCGCGUGUAGCAAAUACCAUCCUUCAUUCGGGAUCGCUCGUACGGGGCUUCCCGACGGCCCUCUAGACGCACAGAUUCUCGAACUAGGCCGAGGAUGGGAAUGGUGGCCAACCGCUCUAUGGCAAGUUAUAUGGACGUGGAUAAUAGCACCUAUCAUGAUAUGGAAGGCUUGGGGCAUUCGGGAUACGCUGGGCUGGCGCUUUCAGACGAUAGGAUGCUGUCUCUCAAAUCUACAUGCUACACCACUGUGGCUCAUAUCGAUGUAUGUACCUGCGUUUGCGCCGGUCAACAAAUACUUCUCGUCAAGUGAAUGGAUCCAUCUAUCAGUUACGAUGUUUGAAAUAUUUACGGUUUUUGUUCCUUGUUGGUUAGUCGUGAAGCACCACAGCCUACGCAAGAGGGCAGCCGAGUCGAACGCAAAGUGGAACACGACAUCACAGACCACCCUGCGAGCCUCCACAACUGGGGAGUGGAAAUCCGCCUCACAGCUUGAAAAGGGCCUGACAACAAUAGAUCUUCUCGAUCUUGAAAUGGGUGAUCGCCUAUUCACCAUGAACGCCCUCGACCACGUAUUAAACGAGAACCCGGGCCCGCUGCAGGAGUUUUCGGCAUUGAGGGACUUUUCGGGGGAGAACAUCGCAUUCUUGACACGAGUAGCGGCUUGGAAAGCAUCGUGGCCGGAGGCCGCUAGUGAAGACCAGAUUCGCGACGCGUUCACUCGUGCGCUGAUCAUUUACACGAGCUUCAUCAGCCUACGAGAUGCCGAAUUCCCGUUGAAUCUCUCCUCGCAGGACCUCAAGCGUCUUGAAUCAAUUUUCGAAAGGCCGGCGAGAAUACUAUGCGGCGAGGCGCGUGUCGAUCCCGCCACGCCGUUCGCAGCUGAGGAUGCCGAAAAGCGGCAAGGACGUAGUGGCGAUGAGUGGAUCGAGCUGUCAGAGAUGGCGGGCCGAAUACAAUAUGCGGGCGAAAUAUCCGACGCCUUCGACGUUACCGUGUUUGACAGCGCCCAGAAGCACAUCAAGUACCUCGUCUUGACAAACACGUGGCCGAAGUUCGUGACCGAAAUAAGAGAUCGGAGGCCUUCUAGCGAGUCUGGGCGCAGUGAUGGCACAGGGGAGUCUAACUCGUCACUGGCGAGCCGGAUUUCAAAUUUGAUAAGUUCACUAUUCUGA